AUGUCUCACCCAGAAGACGUCUACGCCAACAGGGAAGAAGACUGGUACCCAGGAAUUCGUCAGCGCUCGAAACCAGGCCAGGCGCCUCACGAACAAGUCUACGACACCACCCGGGACAUUAACGGAAAUGUUGUGACAGAUAAACCUGCCAACCGAGCCAUACUCUCUGCUCAGAAGCGACAGAGGACUCAUGAUGCCCGUGUCCUUGCGCAGCGUCAGAAACAAGCUGCCCGGGCCCAAUCAGGUCAGACAGAAGAGAGCAGCACUGCCGGCAUGCUCGGACGCAUGCUCGUGGUCAUUCUGUUUCUCCCCCUCCUUUCCUCCUUCACCACUCAAUCCUAUACCUUCAACCUGUCUCCCUAUUUCGUCCCGCCACUGAAAAGAUUCUGGGCAGAAACGCCUUUGAAUCCUUGGAAGCUGGAGAUGAAGGAGUUUACGCCGUUACAGCUUGCAAUGUACGACGGGUCCCUGGAGAGACCGGUGUAUCUUGCGGUAGACGGGGUGGUAUUUGAUGUGACCUCAAACAGGCGGAUCUAUGGUAAGGGCGGUAGUUACAACAUGAUGACUGGGCGGGACGCUUCCAGAGCGUUCGUGACGGGCUGCUUCGAAACUCAUUUGACACAUGAUCUUCGAGGUCUUUCGGAAGACGAACUCAAGUCUGUUACCCACUGGAAAAAGUUCUUUGAAAACAAUGAAAAGUAUACAAAGAUUGGGACCGUUUUGAACCCUCCGAUAGACCCCAGCACGCCCAUACCACCACCUUGUCGGGGAGAGAAGAAGGACAAGGCCGACCCGCACGCGCCAGGGGCAGCAGCUGCUCAAAGAGGUAGAGCGAAGCCAGGACCAGUAGGCCACUGA